GUCAAAUGUCAUGUCAUUACAUCGUUACAUCGGAAAAAAUCGGUAUGUCACAAACGGAUCAAUCCGGCACUAUUUUGAUGCGAAUUAUGGGGGUGGAGAAGCCUUGUCAAGCAAGGCAAUCAGCACUCGGAUACAUACAUACACUCACUAACCCUCAUCUUCUUGUCUCUUGUCUUCGAGAUACCCGACAUGAACUACGCCGCAAACAAUCCUUUCCAGCUUGAUCCGCAAUCACGAUUUCCUGCUCUUGAGCCUUCGCCUGGACAGGACCCCACAGGACAGUUCACCCAAUGGCUUCAACCUGGCAUGCAGUCGCCCGGAGGGAAUAUGGGACCGCAGUAUUCGCAGCAGCAGUUCACGGCGCAGCAACCGCAGCAACCGCAAUUCCAUCAGCAGUUCCAACCACAAGCCCAGCAGUUCAGCCCGGGAUAUGCGCCGCAGCAGCAGUGGCAGGGCAUGCAAUCGCCGAUUCCCUUCCAGCCGACGAGCUCAUACGGGCAACAGCUUCCGGGACAGCCUCACAUCAGUGGAAGCAGUUAUGGAUAUCUGCAGCAGCAGAACACCAGCGCCGGGACAGCGUACACGCCGGCCCAGGCACAGCUCCAGAGCCCUGGCUAUGCUGCGCAGUUUGAUCCGUACUCCGCGCUGGGGCAGGGAUGGGAUGGAGUGGCGGGGCAGUCACAGCAACAGCCAGCACAGCUGCAAACUCAGGCGGGUACACCUGGAUCGUUGAUGAGUCCCGGGGGCGCGCAAUCCCCGACAACGACAUCGACGUCACCCACUGGCCAGCUGCACCCCCGCGAUUUCGUUCGCGUGAACAAAGCUCGAAUAGAGAUCUGGGACCCCGCUGCUUGGCGGGACCUUUUCGCGGUCUUCGAUGGGCUCAAGGAUGCUUGGGGGGAGAGAAAGACGGAGAUCUUGGACCAUGUGGGCACAUUACAAGGGCAGGCACAGGCACAGAUGCAAUGGAGUCCGCCUUUGGCAAAUCAGUACCAGUCCGAAGCUGUUCGACUGCAGGCGAUGGCCAAGGAAGCCGAGUCCAAUGCUGAUUCUAUCUCUGCGUCCUCAUUCCAGAUGCACGAGGUCUUUGCCAACUACCGAAAGUCCGGCGAUCUCUCUUCCAAGUCCAGGGUCAGGGAAGCAUCCAACGCAGCCUUGACAUCUCUUCCUGAUUGGCCGCCCGUCGCUUACUAGCACAAUCGUAUCUAAGCACUAGUGCUCAAUCAUUUCAUAAUAUGUUGUACUGAUCGCGA